AUGGUCCAGUCGUCCAACGAGGUGCAAGUAGUACGAGAUGAGACUGUGAAAACAAUCAACAGUGAAGAGCUAGUACCAGGCGAUAUCUUCCUUGUGCCUGCUCAUGGCGGUGUUAUGCAAUGCGAUGCGGUACUGAUGAAUGGGACGGCCAUUGUCAACGAAAGUAUGCUGACCGGAGAAUCCGUUCCUAUAACGAAGGUCGCGCUGACUGCUGUCCACGAGGAUGAGGAGGACAUGCGAUUCUGCUUUGAAAAACACUCCAAGCACAUUUUAUACUGUGGCACGCAGGUUCUACAGACACGAUACUAUCAAGGGAAACAAGUGAAGGCGAUCGUACUCAGAACGGCAUAUGCAACUCUUAAAGGACAACUGGUGCGAUCGAUUAUGUAUCCGAAACCAAUCGAUUUCCGAUUCACAAAAGAUCUGUUCAAGUUUGUCGCCUUCCUGUUCUGUAUUGCACUCUUCGGUUUCGCCUAUACGAUCGCCAUAAUGAUUCAAAGGAAUGAACCAAUACGAAAGAUUAUUGUUCGAUCGCUGGACAUCAUUACCAUAGUUGUACCACCUGCUCUUCCGGCUGCAAUGUCCGUUGGCAUUAUCAAUUCUAAUCUCCGACUUCGCAAGAAGGAAAUAUUCUGCAUAUCUCCGUCGACAAUCAACACGUGCGGUGCGAUCAACGUUUGUUGUUUCGACAAAACCGGAACGCUAACUGAAGAUGGUCUUGAUUUCCAAACACUGCGUGGCGUAACGCCCGCAAGCGGGGCGUCUCCUCCCACCUUCACCGAGGAGAAUGAAGAGAUGAAACCGAAUGAUUUACCUUCGGAUGGAGAACUGAUCACGGCCAUUGCAACUUGUCAUUCACUGACUAAAAUACAUGGAGAAUUGCACGGAGAUCCGCUUGACUUGAUCCUUUUCAAUCAAACGGGGUGGACAUUGAUGGAGUCAGCGGAUGAUGAAGCUGACAGCGAAGUGCAGAUCUUCGACAGUAUUCAGCCUACUGUAGUGAAGCCACCGGCAGAACUUGGAGAUCAUCCAUUCAAUAAGGAAUACAGUGUUAUUCGUCAAUUCACUUUCAGCUCAUCUCUCCAGCGAAUGUCUGUGAUCGUGUCCAAUCCACGUGAUGAUUCAACUCAUGACAUGACACUGUACUGCAAAGGUUCACCAGAAAUGAUACUGACACUUUGUGAUCCAGCAACUGUCCCAGAGGACUACUUGACGCAAGUGAACCUAUAUGCUCAACAUGGCUAUCGAUUGAUUUCUGUGGCUCGGAGGAAAUUGGAGAUGAACUAUGUGAAGGCUUCGAAAGUGCCCCGAAAUAUGGUCGAAUGCGACUUGGAGCUUCUGGGUCUUGUGGUUAUGGAAAACCGAGUGAAACCAGUCACGCUAGGAGUCAUUAAUCAACUUAACAGAGCUCAUAUCCGCACUGUUAUGGUCACAGGUGACAACCUGCUCACGGCUCUAAGUGUUGCUCGUGAGUGUGGAAUCAUUCGACCGAAUAAGCUGGCCUACCUUGUUGAACACCGUACCGACAUGUUUGAUGAUAAAGGACGUCCGCUGCUCACUCUUAGGCAGGCUGUGUCAAGUUCUGAGAAGUCGAUCGAGGGAGAGGAUGAAUCUGAGGUGUCAGUUGAGAUCGGAAAAAGACACUUCCUGGAGAGCUGUUAUCAACUUUCGAUCUCAGGUCCUACGUUCGCCGUGCUCGUCCACGAGUAUCCUGAGCUACUUGAUAAGCUUGUGGCUGUGUGUGAUGUUUUUGCCAGAAUGGCUCCCGAUCAGAAGCAACAGCUUAUAAAUCAUCUCCAGGAGAUUGACUACACUGUGGCUAUGUGUGGUGACGGAGCCAACGACUGUGCAGCAUUAAAAGCUGCACAUGCAGGAAUCUCACUCUCCGAUGCAGAAGCUUCAAUCGCUGCUCCGUUCACAUCCAGGAUUGCUGAUAUUCGUUGUGUACCAACAGUGAUUCGGGAAGGCCGUGCAGCUCUUGUGACGUCAUUUGGAGUGUUUAAGUACAUGGCAGGAUACUCUUUGACACAGUUCUCUUCCAUUAUGCUGCUGUACUGGAUUUCAACCAACUUGACAGACUUCCAG